AUGAAAACUGAUCUGAAUUUACUCCUUGAAUGUCUUAAGUAUCAAAUGGACCACCCAGCUUCUCAGAAAGAAGCCUUGGUUACUAUUUAUACAGUUUGUCAACAAAACAGUGCUGCCUGUGAUUAUUUUAGAGAAAUAGGUGGUUUGAUGUUUGUGCGUAAUCUUGCGAAGUCACAAGUGCAGAGUUUGGUUAAGGAAGCUGCUUUAUUUACAUUAGGAGGUUUAGCUGAGAAUAGUGUGUUCUGCCAGCAGACGUUAUGCACAGCUGAAUUAUUUGAGGAUCUUCAUAUGUUUUUAACUAAUAAGGAUUCUAGUAUGAAUUUGAAAAGAAUGUCUGUAUAUGUCUUACUAGUGCUGGUUUCAAAUAACAAGAGUGGACAAACAUAUGUGAGAGAAUCUGGAUGCCUUGAUAUUCUCCUACAAUUAUUUAGAGCAAUUCCUUCAGAAUCUCACAUGAACCUUCUGGAUCAUAAAAUUGAUCAGUAUCAUCUGUGGUCUUCAGUUUGUAGUAAUCUUUGUGCAUGUGUCAACAAUCCUCAGAAUGAGGAAAAUCAGAAAGCUUGUAGUCUGGUUUUUCCACAUGCAAAAGACUGGUUACAAAGUUGUAUGGAGCCUGAAAUAGUUCGUCCAAUAUGUUCAUUCAUUGGGCUCACUGUCGCAAAUAAUUCAAGAAUGCAGAAUUUUUUUAUUUCUAUUGGUGGAUUAGCUGUUUUGGAUGAGCUUCUUGCCAAACUGAUACAUGGUUCAUUUGGGAACAGUAGAAAUGUAAAACUUGCUGUAGUGGUGACAAAAACUUUGGAUGCCUGUAUUGCUGAUAACUCUGCCAUUGGCAUUCAUUUACCGAGGUAUAACUUUGUGCCUAACCUACUGAAACUGCUUUCUUACAACAUUUUGGAUUCAGGAGAACAAUUCAGCAUUAUACUUACUCUUGGACAUUGUACAGAAGUCUGUGAGGAAAAUCAAUAUAUUCUGGUUAAGAACAAUGGCCUUCCACUUAUGAUUCAAGCACUAACUGAAACGCAGGAUGAAGAACUAAAUAAAGCUGCUACCUUUGUGUUGCAAAACUGCAAACAGAUCACUGAAAAAUUGUCGGUGAAGACAAGUCAGCGUUCAUUCCUAGUGGAUGAAAGAAGUAAAUUGGAAGUAGAUUUGCAGAACAAGGAAAGGAUUCUUGAAGAUUACUGGAAUGAAGCAAAAGAAAUUUUAUAUAGAAUCAAAGGCCUUGAAAAUGAGCAUGAAGAGGAAAAUGUCAGAAGAGAAGUAUUAAUUGAUGAUGAUAUCCCUCAAAAAAAGCUUCUGCAGGCUAUGACGAAACAUCUUCAAACAAAUUCCAGCAAGCAGCCUUCUGAUAAUGGCAAAAUAUAUUCAGAAGUGAAGAGCCCACUACAAAAUUUUAUUACUAAUGUGCAGAAUAGUUCUAAAUUUGAAAAUAGUUCUUCCAGCAUAGAACAAUUGAAGUCUGCCAACAGGAAUUCAACUGACGCUUUACUCACUCAAAAUGAUCCUAAUAAUCUUCUUCAUGCAACUGAAAAAAUGACAACAUCCAGCACAAAUGAAGUCUACAUUACAAAUAAAAACAGUUUUCAUGAUUUUAGAAAAGGUGAUGCUCAAGCAAGUGAAUUCUUUUUUAAGAGACCAGAUUUUGUAGUAAAAAGCCCAACCCAAAAGAUUCAAAGUACAGAGCUACAAUAUCCAAGCAGCCCAAGCAGAAGGGUGUGCCGUGUUCUGACUGUUCCUGCUAAAAUAAGAGAACUCAGGUGUUCAGGUUGUAGAAUAGGAGGACUUUCCUUAAACAGCCGAAAUUUUAGCAAGACUCUGCAGUCUUGUCAACAUUUAUGUGAACAACACAAAAUUAUUCUAGAAUAUGAGAUGCAAUAUAAAAGGAAGUUGAAAAGAUCUAUUAUCUCUAACAAGAAUACUCCUACAUAUAAUGAUGGUAACCACGAUGUCCAGAGAUUCUUUUGCAAGAGAAGCUCAACAGCCGGGAAAGAGUUAGCAAAUCUUAAAUGGGAUGCAUAUUCAAAGAACCAAACAAUGGAACAGAAUUAUAGUCUUCAAGACGAGGACCUGAGUGAAAACCAUCCAUCUGAAGAUGAGAAUACUGAAACUCAUCUAUCAGAUAGGUCUGCAACAACCUGGAAAAAAAGGAGACGGAGAAUCAGGAAAGAUUUUACAUCAGAAGAAAUAAAAUAUAUUUUGGAAGGUGUAAGGAAAAUGGGGCAUCAUUGGAAUUCAAUUUUAUGGGCCUACCCAUUUCAGAAAGGACGGACAAAUGUCGAUCUUGCUAAGAAAUACCGCAAGUUACAGAAUGACUACGGAGCAGCUAUUACCACGACGGCUAAAGUUUAUUAUGCUUUAAACAUGCGCUCGCUCUCUGCUUUUGUGCCCCUGCAAACUAUUUGGGCGCUUCACGCCACUGCUCUUGGCUCAGCGCGGAAUUCAGCCCUGCAUCUCGCGCUGUUACAAAACGGCGCGGCCCCGCAAGCCCUGCAUCCUCCUCGAGGUGUGAUGAGAAAGGGGCGGGGCCAAGCCGAGCUAUUCAUCUUCACUCCUGUAUUGUGCGGGAAACAUUCGGGCGUAGCCAACGAACCUGCAGUGCCCCAUGCCGGCGCUAGGGGUCCCUAA